GAACGGCUCAAGAAGCGAGCUAGCUUGAAGCUGCGAGAGGCGAGGGACUGGAAGCAAGACAUGAGCCAGCGGGAGCACCGGGCGGAGUCGCUGCCUUCGCCCGUCGGCCCGGCGCCUGCUGUGCCUACCUUGGUGGAGUCAUGCAACCGCUUCAUGUCUCUGACCUCCCGUCUGAAGUGCCGCGACGCGGAAUGCUUACCAGAAGAGGACGUGGAAGUGGAACGCCGACGCUGGCCCGAGGUGGCGGUCCCUCCCAGCCGCGUGUCCUUCCACAAGACCUUCAGCCUGCUCAUCAACAUGGGGAAUAUUGAAAAGGGCUGUCGGCGGACGGUGAGUGCAAUAAGCCGCGAAGAACAAGUGUGGCAGAACGAGCUCAAAGACCUGAUCUGGCUGGAGCUGCAGGCGCGCGUGGCGGGCCGCUCGCUGGCGCAGCAGGACGCCUUCCUGUGCUCGCAGCGCGACGGCGUGCCAGCGGUCGUCAGCAACAUCGUGGGCUACCGGUCUGCAGGCGGCCGCUCGCUGGCGCAGCAGGACGCCUUCCUGUGCUCGCAGCGCGACGGCGUGCCAGCGGUCGUCAGCAACAUCGUGGGCUACCGGUUCGUGAACCCGAACCCGUGCCGAGCACGCGUGACUCGGCUGUGCGCGGUGGCAGGAUCGCGCGAGGACUUGCAUUCUGAAUCCGAGGGAAGGGAGGACGAUGAGGCAGAGAACUUGGACGAUGACGGCACAGGCUGCCUGAUGUUCAACUGCCGCUCCUGCACGGAUGCAGUGGGCAAAGCCAUGCAAGAGGUCAACGCGCUCAUCGACGCGUACUACAAUGCGCUGGCACUCUACCCUUCGUGCAAGGCCAUGACUGUAGACCACCCGCUCGUGGCCACCGAGCCCUUCCAGAACCGGAUCAAGGAGGUCAACGCGCUCAUCGACGCGUACUACAACGCGCUGGCUCUCUACCCCUCAUGCAAGGCCAUGACCGUGGACCACCCGCUCGUGGCCACCGAGCCCUUCCAGAAUCAGAUCAAGGUGAGUGACGUCAUAGCAGCAGGAGGUCAACGCCCUCACAAUGUGACUACAGCGCGCUGGCGCCACUCGUGGCUACGUAGCGCUUCUAGAGCCGGAUUAAGCUGCAGUUGGAAAGCCAUGCAGGAGGUCAACGCGCUGAUUAACGCGUACUACAACGCGCUGGCACUCUACCCCUCCUGCAAGGCUAUGACCGUGGACCACCCGCUCGUGGCCACCGAGCCCUUCCAGAACCGGAUCAAGGUGAGUGACGUCACAGCUGCAGGAGGUCAACGCCCUAACAACGUGACUACAAUGCGCUGGCGCCGCUCGUGGCUACGUAGCGCUUCUAGAGCCGGAUCAAGUUGGAAAGCCAUGCAAGAAGUCAACGCGCUCAUCGACGCGUACUACAACGCGCUGGCACUCUACCCCUCGUGCAAGGCCAUGACCGUAGACCACCCGCUCGUGGCUACCGAACCCUUCCAGAACCGGAUCAAGGAGGUCAACGCGCUCAUUAACGCGUACUACAAUGCGCUGGCACUCUACCCUUCGUGCAAGGCCAUGACUGUAGACCACCCGCUCGUGGCCACCGAGCCCUUCCAGAACCGGAUCAAGGCGAUGUGCCUAUGGUACAACACGGCGCUGCACAUGCGGCUCAAGAUGUUAGCUGUCCGCCGCAUGAUGCGCACGCUGCGCCACAAGCGGCGCCGGCCCACGCCCACGCCCACGCCCAGCUCUACCGCCUCCGACAACCCGCUCAGCAGACAAUGCUCAGAAGCCAGCCGGCCCUGCCUAGUGCGGUUCAACUGCGACAAUCCCAGCGACUCCAGUAACAGCGAAUCCAGCACGCACUCUCUGAAAGAAGACGUCACCAGCGGAGAGGACAGCGCGAAGGAUGAGGCCGUGGAUGACAGGCGGGAGGAUGAGGUUGACUGUGCCAUAGCGAAUGGAGGCUCCUCAGAAGCCAACGGGCAGCUGACGCCGGAGAUCGUAAUCUCGGACAAGUACGGCACCAGCGACACCAGCGCCAGCAGCGAGAGCGGCUACAGCAGCGGCGCCGACGCCGCGCGCCAGGACGUCUACCGCAUGGGCCCGCUCGAUGAUAUUACCAGGUUGCGCCUGCUCGGCAAGUGCCAGGUGUCGCCGUAUAGAGAGUACCACCACGAGAUGCUGAAGACGCAGGGCGUGCGGCGCUGCAUGAUGUUCGUCAACAAGAUGUGCAGCCACGUGCUGCACAAGGUGCACGUCACGCUCGAGAUGCCCGACAGCGUAAACCCGGAGGGCUACCAGGAGGACGCGACGGUGGAAGUGUUCGACGACACCAAAGAUGAUGAGGACAAGACUGAAAACUCGAAGAAGGACGAAUUCAGCGACGCUGCUGAAUUGAGGAGAUACGGGUGCUGGUCGGAGGAGAACCUGGCCAUGCGGCUGCCGUCGUACCGGAACCACUUCCUGACGCUGAGCAGCAUCUGCAUGGAGGCCGUGCACGACUACCUCUCGCUGCGGCUCGAGGCGCGGCCCGAGCGGCCCUCCUGUCUCACUGUCAAGCAGCUAAUCCACGAGCUAAAGGAAGGUCUGGAUAUCUCGACGGAAAUGCGGCGCGAUUUCGUCCGCAACGUCGAAGUGGCGCUAAAGGGCCGGCCCGCGCCCGCUGCCGCGAGACGUGACUUACUACUGCUGCUGAAGACUUAUGACGCCACCGUGGAAAGUGUGCUCAAGGGCCGACCCGCGCCCGCUGCCGCGAGACGUGAUUUGUUACUGCUGCUGAAGACUUAUGACGCCACCGUGGAAAGUGUGCUCAAGGUGCCGCUGAAGGGCCGGCCCGCGCCCGCUGCCGCGAGGCGUGACCUGCUGCUGUUAUUGAAGACUUAUGACGCCACCGUGGAAAGUGUGCUCAAGGUCAGUGAACUUAUUAUGGCUCGUUGUGUGUUGGCGCUGAAGGGUCGGGCAAGGCGUGACCUGCUGCUGUUAUUGAAGACUUAUGACGCCACCGUGGAAAGUGUGCUCAAGGUCAGUGGACUUAUUAUGGCUCUGUGUGUGUAUGACGUCAUCCGUAACGUCAAAGUGGCGCUAAAGGGCCGGCCCGCGCCUGCUGACGCGAGACGUGACUUACUACUGCUGCUGAAGACUUAUGACGCCACCGUGGAAAGUGUGCUCAAGGGCCGACCCGCGCCCGCUGCCGCGAGACGUGACUUACUGCUGCUGCUGAAGACUUAUGACGCCACCGUGGAAAGUGUGCUCAAGGUUUGUGAACUUAUGGCUCUGUGUGUGUAUGACGUCAUCCGUAACGUCGUAGUGGCGCUAAAGGGCCGACCCGCGCCCGCUGCCGCGAGACGUGACUUACUGCUGCUGCUGAAGACUUAUGACGCCACCGUGGAAAGUGUGCUCAAGCAAUACCUGUCGUACCUGACGACGAUGUCGGAGACGGAGCUACUGGGCCGCGCCGGGCUACAAGCGGAGUGGGCCUUCACGGCGCGCCUGGCCCGCCGCGUGCGCUGCGCCGCCUUGCUAGCGCCUAUUACCUUCUCGGACAUUGCCUGCAAUCAAAUUAGUCGACUGCUCACGGAGUUUGAUCAAAAGUUCAACGAGGUGGAGAAAGAGUUAUCUCUGAACGAGUUUCGAGUCCCGAAUAGAUACACGGCAUACAUGAUGUGCCGCGCCCUGCAAGACAUCUACGCUCGCUGGCGUGAACCUUUAUUACACGCGGCACAGUGGGCUCGUGCGUUAGCCGCUAAACUGGCGCGCGCGCAGCCGCCUACCUUUGCUUCGCAGAGAGAAGCUAUACUGAACAAGCUACUAUCAAUGCGGGAGUUCCUAGUGCAGCAUACGUACAUGGUGCUGGACCGCACGAGCGUGCCGGACGAGGAGCUGGAGCUGACGGAGGGGCUGGUCACGCGCGUGCGGGUCAUGCUGCUGCAGAUGUUCAAGCUGGGCUUCGAGGUGAGCCGUCUCCAGGGCCUCCUGUCGAUGCGGUGUUCCUGGUGCAGCACAUACAUGAUGCUGGACCGCACGAGCGUGCCGGACGAGGAGCUGGAGCUGACGGAGGGGCUGGUCACGCGCGUGCGGGUCAUGCUGCUGCAGAUGUUCAAGCUGGGCUUCGAGGUGAGCCGUCUCCAGGGCCUCCUGUCGAUGCGGUGUUCCUGGUGCAGCACAUACAUGAUGCUGGACCGCACGAGCGUGCCGGACGAGGAGCUGGAGCUGACGGAGGGGCUGGUCACGCGCGUGCGGGUCAUGCUGCUGCAGAUGUUCAAGCUGGGCUUCGAGGUGAGCCGUCUCCAGGGCCUCCUGUCGAUGCGGUGUUCCUGGUGCAGCACAUACAUGAUGCUGGACCGCACGAGCGUGCCGGACGAGGAGCUGGAGCUGACGGAGGGGCUGGUCACGCGCGUGCGGGUCAUGCUGCUGCAGAUGUUCAAGCUGGGCUUCGAGGUGAGCCGUCUCCAGGGCCUCCUGUCGAUGCGGUGUUCCUGGUGCAGCACAUACAUGAUGCUGGACCGCACGAGCGUGCCGGACGAGGAGCUGGAGCUGACGGAGGGGCUGGUCACGCGCGUGCGGGUCAUGCUGCUGCAGAUGUUCAAGCUGGGCUUCGAGGUGAGCCGUCUCCAGGGCCUCCUGUCGAUGCGGUGUUCCUGGUGCAGCACAUACAUGAUGCUGGACCGCACGAGCGUGCCGGACGAGGAGCUGGAGCUGACGGAGGGGCUGGUCACGCGCGUGCGGGUCAUGCUGCUGCAGAUGUUCAAGCUGGGCUUCGAGGUGAGCCGUCUCCAGGGCCUCCUGUCGAUGCGGUGUUCCUGGUGCAGCACAUACAUGAUGCUGGACCGCACGAGCGUGCCGGACGAGGAGCUGGAGCUGACGGAGGGGCUGGUCACGCGCGUGCGGGUCAUGCUGCUGCAGAUGUUCAAGCUGGGCUUCGAGGUGAGCCGUCUCCAGGGCCUCCUGUCGAUGCGGUGUUCCUGGUGCAGCACAUACAUGAUGCUGGACCGCACGAGCGUGCCGGACGAGGAGCUGGAGCUGACGGAGGGGCUGGUCACGCGCGUGCGGGUCAUGCUGCUGCAGAUGUUCAAGCUGGGCUUCGAGGUGAGCCGUCUCCAGGGCCUCCUGUCGAUGCGGUGUUCCUGGUGCAGCACAUACAUGAUGCUGGACCGCACGAGCGUGCCGGACGAGGAGCUGGAGCUGACGGAGGGGCUGGUCACGCGCGUGCGGGUCAUGCUGCUGCAGAUGUUCAAGCUGGGCUUCGAGAUCCACAAAGAACUGCACCGCGUGGUGCACGACACGCCCCGCGCGGCCGCCGCCCGCCGCCCGCACGCCUCACCCCCGCGGGGCCGCGUUCGCUUCACGCGGUCGGAGAGCAUCAAUGAGGACGCCGUGUUCGACGACCGGCUGUUUGACACGCUUAAUUACGGGGACAGCUAUACGCCGAUCGAGCGUCUCCUAUCCGGCGACGAUGGCCAGCUUGAGCCAGCUACACCGGCGGCAUCGGCGCCGGGCGCCGGGUUAGAGGCGCGCGAGCAGCAGUGGGCGGCGGCGGUGGCGCGCGCCGUCAUCCAGUUCGCGCGCUGCUGGAUGCACUUCGUGGUGCGCCGCUGCGACCGCGGGCGCGGGCUGCGGCCCCGAUGGGCGAGUCAAGGGCUAGAGUUCCUUAUGCUGGCGUGCGAUCCUUGCAACACCAAACAUUUGACUGAGGAAGAGUUUGAGGAGCUAAAGUCUCUGAUGGACGGCUGCAUCUCGCACGUGGUGGGGUCGCGGCCGGCCGCCCCGCGCGCGCCCGACGCGCACGCCCCGCACACGCCCCACACGCCCCACACGCCCCGCGCGCGCGUGCGAUUGCACAUGGCGCGCCUCGUACAGAUUGGUCGACGCCUCGCGAGGUGUAGCUGCAUCCGCGAAGUGAGCCCGUCGCCUGGUAGUCCGCAGGCGCCGGCGCCGCACACGCCGCCGAGUGAGCCUGACUCGCUGCUCAGCUUCCAAGGAAUGGAGGUGCAGAGUCACAGCCAACGCGUGCUAGACGCCGUCAGUCAAAUAGAAGAGACUCGCGACGCGAAGUUACGCGAGAUGAAGUGUGUGGGACGCGUGAUGGACCGCGCUGUGGCCAGCUACGAGCCCAAGCUGCGCCAGCUCACCUUCAAGUGGCAGCGCGGGCUGAAGAUCGGCGCCGGCACCUUCGGCAAGCUGCGCGAGAUGAAGUGUGUGGGACGCGUGAUGGACCGCGCCGUGGCCAGCUACGAGCCCAAGCUGCGCCAGCUCACCUUCAAGUGGCAGCGCGGGCUGAAGAUCGGCGCCGACACUUGCGACGCGAAGUUACGCGAGAUGAAGUGUGUGGGACGCGUGAUGGACCGCGCCGUGGCCAGCUACGAGCCCAAGCUGCGCCAGCUCACCUUCAAGUGGCAGCGCGGGCUCAAGAUCGGCGCCGGCACCUUCGGCAAGGUGUACACAGUAGUGAACACGGAAAGCGGGCAGCUGCUAGCCAUGAAGGAGCUAAGCAUCGGCGCAGGCGACCGCCGCGCCCUGCAGCGCGCUGCCAACGAAUUGCGCGUGCUAGAAGGGGUCAUACACCCGCACCUGGUCCGCUAUUACGGCUGCGAAGUGCACCGGGAGGAAAUGCUGAUUUUCAUGGAGCUUUGCGUGGAGGGUUCUCUAGAAGCGCUGGUGGCGACAUCUGGUGCUCUCGCGGAGCAGACCACGCGGCGAUACACCAAGCAGCUUCUCAGCGCGGUGGCUGAACUACACGCGAGGAAUAUUGCCCAUAGAGAUAUCAAAAGUGGCAACAUCUUCCUAACAAACGAAGGGCACUGCCUGAAACUAGGCGACUUCGGCUGCGCCGUCAAGAUCCGCGCCAACACCACUGCGCCCGGCGAGCUGCAAGGAUUCGUCGGCACGCAAGCGUACAUGGCACCAGAGGUGUUUAUGAAGUCGUCAGGCCACGGGCGCGCUGCCGACAUCUGGUCGCUUGGCUGCGUCGUCACCGAAAUGGCUUCGGGCAAGCGGCCAUUCUCGGAGUACGACAGCAACUACCAAAUAAUGUUUGUAGUUGGCAUGGGCGGCCGGCCCGAGCCGCCGGGCUCGCUGUCCGAGGAGGGCCGCGACUUCUGCCACCGCUGCCUCACACACGACCCGGACGCCCGCGCCCGCGCCGACCAGCUGCUCACACACCACUUCCUCAUGGUGAGUACAGCUGCCGGCGCAUAGUGCGCUGCUGCCGGCGCAUAGUGUGCUGUCCGAGGAGGGCCGCGACUUCUGCCACCGCUGCCUCACGCACGACCCCGACGCGCGCGCCCGCGCCGACCAGCUGCUCACACACCACUUCCUCAUGGUGAAAGCCGACGACGACUGCAAGUGUGAGCCAGCCUUCCUCAUCACGUGAAUAUUAACUUUAACUCCGUAGUUAACGUAGACCUCGUCCGCAGCCGGCCAGUAGUAGUUGGUGUAGACUAUAUUAAUGAAUGUAACGGGUGUAGAAUAUUCUCGUAGUUUGUUCCAAAAUAAACUUUAUAUUUGAAGCAUGCUAAAAUGAAAUAAAAAAAGAGUAGCAUGAAUAUGAAAUACAUAUUUGGUGUACAUUAUGUAAACUUAUGAAUGAAAUAAAGCUCAAAAUUCAGAGCGAAUAAAAUAAAUGUAAUGAUGCAAAUGCUCAUCAACGAAAACGUACCGAGCAGAUUUGAUUAAAAUUUUAUAAUGAAGUAUCAUAAUAACGGAUUUUAAAGAUAUCAAACUUUUUUAAACUUCAUGCGAUGAGCACAAUUGCGAUAAAAAAAAAGAUUUUUAAUGAUAUUUAGGACUUUAUUCAAUUUAAACUGUAGCUAUAAUAUUAUAAAGGCCAGUGAUGGAUUGUCACGUAUCCUGUACUUAAGAUCAAAAUUUCUUAUACCAAAGUUGUAUAACAUUUAUUAAGUCUCGUUCUCUAAACCACAUCUAUGUAUGUAUAAGUAUAAUAACGUGGAAAUUACGAAAAAUAUUGGAAACACAAAACUAUCGUUUUGUUUGUGGAUUUUUCCAAUCUUAACAUUUUCACAACUGUUGUUUUUUUGCGAUUUACUAACUACAACUUAUUUUAAAAACUUUUUUCUUCCGUCAAAAAAAUCUGUUGUUCAUUUGAGUUCCUAAGCAAUAUUUACGUCCAUUUUUCGUACGUUCACGAAACUUUUUUAACCCUAUUUUAUACGGUAGCUUGUUAGGUUUACGAAUUACUGUUUAUUCCCAAUUUUAUCAGUCUGUAAGUGUUAAAGAUAUGAUGUUACAUUACUAUUUUUAUAUUAAAAAUAUAUUUAUAAUAUUAGAACAAGUGCAACGAAGAAUUACAUUGGUCAAUAAAAAUCCCAAAAAUGCGUAAUUAUAACACUCGGCAGUUAUAGCUAAUAUAUUUAAUGGUUUUCGCAUUUAAUAAUCUUAUAAUGAAAUAGAGAAUUAGUCAAUUAAUUAUACUUGAUAGCUAAAAUAUAAACCAGUCAGACAUUUGAGAUGAAAUGUUCUAAAUAUUUAUAAUGUAGUAGAUCCAUUAAAUGGAUCUUAUUUUUAUAUAAAUAUUUUUUCAUCGCUGAACUUUGCAUUUUAAGAUAUGUUCGGAUUUAUUUUUUAUUCUUCUAUUUUGCAUGCUGUAAAUAACGUAUUAUAUUCUAUAAAAAAAAUCAAAAUAUUGAUAUUGAAUUGAAAAAUAUUUGUACAUGUAUUAUCAUGGAGCCAUUUGUAAAUCACCAAAAAAUAAAAUUGACCAUUUUACUGGUUUGGAAGUACUUGAGAGACAAGUUUCGUUAAUGAAUUAAGGUGUUAAAAAAAUAUUAUAUGUAGCUAAAAUAAUGAAGUCCUGUUUUAAAAGUGUGUAAUAAGUAAGUGGAUUUUGUUACUUUGUUGUUAGUUAUUGAAAAAUAAAAAGUCGAACAAAAAGAUGAUACGUAUUAUAUUGUAAAUAAUUUUAACGUUGAGAGGCGUUGUUGUUAAGUGAAGUUAUAUUUUUAAUUGAAACCCAAAGUACGGAAUGUAUUUUAUCAAUUUAAUACAAAUGAGAGCGGAAGUAUAAAUAAAUGAAUAAUUUCAUAAUA